AUGUCCUCACCGGCGCCCAACUUUGCCUCUUCGCCCUUCUCCAUCACCUCCCCGCGUCGCAUCCCGAAAUCGAAGUUCACGUACAAGCACCUCCACCAGCUGAAGUCGUAUAGUCCGCAAACGCCUCUUCGCGUCAUCGCGCACGUCGAUCUCGAUGCUUUCUACGCGCAAUGCGAGACUGUUCGCCUCGGUCUUGACCCCUCAUUGCCACUCGCAGUACAGCAAUGGCAGGGUCUCAUAGCGAUCAACUACCCGGCACGAGCAUUCGGACUGAGUAGACAUGUGACCUCUUCAGAGGCGCUGAAGCAAUGUCCCGACCUCAUACUACAACAUGUGGCAACAUGGAAGGAGGGUGACGAGAAAUGGGCAUACCAUGAAGAUUCGUUCAAGAACAUGGCAACGCACAAAGUCAGCCUGGACCCAUACCGGUUGGAGUGUAGAAGAAUCUUGAAAUGCAUAAAAGAGUCGCUACCCGACAAGGAGCAACGAGUCGAGAAAGCGAGUAUCGACGAGGUGUUCAUGGACUUGAGUGGCCAGAUACACACAAUACUGCUGGAGAGAUACCCUGAACUGAGAGGACCGGCGCCCUAUGAUGAUCCAACAGAACGACUACCCAAAGUACCAACAACGGUCUUGGACUGGGCUGCUGAUGCGCUCGUCGAAACAGGCGAAGAGGACGGCGAAGAUCAAGACCCGGAUUGGGACGAUGUAUGCACCGUCAUCGCCUCCGAGAUUGUACGCGACGUUCGCAAGAACAUCAAGGAGAAGUUGGGAUAUACUUGCUCUGGAGGCGUCGCCAAGAACAAGAUGCUGGCCAAGCUAGGUUCAGGAUACAAGAAGCCAAACCAGCAGACUGUGAUCCGAAAUCGCGCUAUUAAACACUUUCUCUCCGACAUGAAGUUCACCAAGAUUCGAAUGCUUGGUGGCAAACUUGGAGACGAAGCAGUUGCGAUGUUCGGCACGGACCUGGUCAAGAGUCUUAUGGAGCAGCCCUUGGAACAGCUCAAAAAGCUGGGCGAUGACACAGGUAGCUGGCUGUACAACAUCAUAAGAGGCGAAGACCACAGCGAAGUUAAUCCCCGCACUCAAAUAAAGAGCAUGUUGUCAGCAAAGUCCUUCCGUCCCGCAAUCAACUCGUUCGAGCAAGGGGUUGUGGUUGAUGGCCGAGCCUGGCCUUGCGCCAACCUCUCCCUGAGCGUGGGAGGCUUCGAGGAUGGCAUCACCAACAACAAAGGCAUCGGCAGCUUUCUGGUCCGUGGAGAAGAAGCCAAGGCAAUGAUGUCUACGGGCAGAUCAGUUAGCACUGGCGAACCACCAGCCAAGCGACGAAAGACGAAAGGCAAUAUUGCACAGUUCUUCGGCCCUAAAGACGACAAGAAAAAGGACUUUGAUGCUGCCAGAGCUAUAUUAUUGAAGGCACACAGCGAGUCAACGAGGGAAGAAGCAGAAGAUGACAUGGAUGAGCCUGAGGACGAAGAUAUGUUUGAAGACGCGCACGAAGAAGAGGAGAGGAGGCCUUCCACUCCGACACUAGAACGGCACAGCUCGAAUGUCGACAUGUACAGAUCAGACACGCCGCCGUCGGCACAGCCCCCGCCCCGAUCACACUCUCCUCCUUCGUACCAACAACCGUCAGAUGAUAUCGUUAGUCAGUCUAAACACCCACCUCAACAAAAGACCCUCGACACAUACUUCUGCGCCCAGUGCAACAUACACCUGCCUACGGACGAGAAGGCGGAGCACAUAGACUACCACUUUGCUCUCGACUUAUCAAAGGAGAUGCGACAUGAAGAGCGGAACCCACCCGCUCCGCAACCUGUAGCUCAGAGCGGGCGCAAAACACCCACUGGUUCGAAGCCAACCAGAGGCCGAGGUCGACCACCAGGUGGCGGUGGUGUCAGCAGAAGUGGUGGUGCAGAGAAGGGACAGGCCAAGUUGGCUUUUGGACGACAAGGCUGA